CAUCCUGGAGGUGAGGAGGUUCUGAGGGAGCAGGCCGGAGGAGACGCCACAGAGAGCUUCGAGGAUGUCGGCCACUCCACAGAUGCCAGAGAGAUGGCGAGCAGCUUUGUGAUCGGCGAGGUCCACCCGGAUGACCGGGCCAAGAUCGCCAAGCCUGUGGAAACAUUGGUGACCACUCUGAAGGACGAAACCAGCUGGUGGUCUAACCUGGUGAUUCCCGCCCUGGUAGCUGCCAUCGUCACGCUGGUGUACCGUAUCUUCAUCUCAGAUACCGACUGAUGUCAUCAGGCGUGCCGCUGUGAUGUCAUCACCAGGCGACAGCGGCACCUUGGCUCCGCCCAGCGUACAGCGUGUUUCUAGACCAGACGCUCUGCUUGGGACCAACAAGACUUUAACCUGUGUCUGGUCUGGGACCAGCAGCUCUACGCUGCGUCCUGAAAUACCCAGAAUUCAUUUCACCUUGUUUAGCCAACCAAUCACGUGGCAUUAUUGUAAUGAAGUCAUUCUGAAUGUUUGUGUUUGAUCUGACCCUGCACUGGACCUGUGAUUACUUCUUUUUAUAUCUGAAUGUGAGCCAGUUUAUAGAUUAGAGUCAGCAGAGUUCUACCAUCUGCUCCGGUUCUGCUCCGGUUCUGCUCCGGUUCUGCUCCGGUUCUGCUCCAGAGGGUCGGCACCUCAGAGGGAAGGUCCAGUCGGCCUCUGGUCCGGAGGGUGGACUCAGCUCUGGACCUGCAGCAGGAUCUAAAUGUGCCUUUUCUGAGUCGUGGACCUGAGUGGUUCUGCUGGUCCAGUCCAGAACCAGACCCGGUCCGACUGUAACAGUGCAGCUGCUUCUUCAUGCAAUAAAGCUGAUUCAAUCCUUGA